CGUCUUGCCACCGGCGUCCAAUGGGGUUCGAGCCUUCGGGUCGGGCUUUCUUAUUCCGUGCCUUCCCCCUUAUUUAUUUAUUUUUUUCCUGCCUCCAUCCUCUCUCGCCUUGGCUCUCCAUUCUCGCUCGCCGAAGUAGGUCAGCGCAUCCCGUGAAUACAAAGCAGCCGCCCGCUCGGCCGUUCUCCGAAUGUGACCCCAUCGCUGCCGUGCUCGCUCGCCCUCGAGCAAAGCUCAUCCGGAGUGAUGGGCGUCGCUGGCCGGGUUCCGAUUUGACGGAGGUCCGGGGGAAAUCGCUGCCACCGCUGCCGCUGCCGCCGCUGCCGCUACCUCUGUGGCCACUAUCAUCGGCUGCCGCCGCUCCCUUGCCGCUGCCGAGAAUUUUUAGAAAAGCGUUCGGGGAAAACGGCGAUGCACGUCGCGUCAAGGGUUACACUGCCAUGGCUACCGCCGUCAGAGGCACUGUUGUCAUUUAAAUAAAUAUAUAAGUAAAUAAAUAAGCUGAACAAAAAAAUAUAUUCCCAACGAGGGCUGCGGUGCUAAGGGAGGAUAAGCGCGAUCGUGCGAUUGUAGAUGCAUCUCCUGAAAUCUAGGGAUAUGUAGCCUCUCAGCGCUCGUGAAUCCGCAUCGGUGAUUCCUACGCGAGGGCUACUUGUCAUUUUAAGCCCUGCGAUUUUUUUUUAUUUUCUUUCCGUCCUUCCCACCCCUUUAAACCUUCGUCUGCCUCCGCUCUAGCCUUAUUGGAGCUCGCUGCUAAGAGCCAGCCAUUUUCGACGUGCUUAGUGGCAAAUCGGCCUUCGAAGAGAUGGGUGGGCGAGGGACUGCAAUGCUCAUCGGAGCGUCUUGAGAGAGCAUUGUGCUCAAGCUAGCAGGCGCGAGGUGGCACAGCGAAAAGCGCUGCGGGCAAACGAAAGGGAACCGCCGCUGCAUGCGAAGGAACGCUUCAGUCUUUACGCCAGAAAUGGACCUCCCUUCGUUCACGCGCUCGGUGAAGGCAUCGCCGGACUGAACGUCUGCCAUCGGUCGGAUGGACGCAAGACAAUGCCGCGGGCGGUGCGGGAUUAAGCGAUGCUGCUUGCCGCAGCGGCGAGGAAUUUGAGGAUAAUUCCAGCGGUCGGGCACGCGGGCGGAGGCGGGAGGGGCGGCGGGCGGCGCUGGCGAGCAAGCAGCCGGGCGGCGUGGCGGCGGAGCGAGCGGACCACCGCCACCGCCACCGCCGACACCGAUCGCUCGGUGGCGCCUCGGCCCCGGGCGCCGGCACGAUGCUGGGGGAGGACCCGAGCAGCUGGUACUUCGCCGACGAGGAGGAGGACGACGAGGAGAGCUGGCGCGCGAGCUCCGUGAGCAAGGCCCGCUUCGUCCGCGCCGAGUCCGAGAGCGGCGCGCUCAAGCUCGAGAGCGGCAAGGCCGGUGGCGGUGCCGGUGGUGCCGGCGCGAGGAACUGGCGGAGGGCGUCCGCCACUCAGCUGACGGUCUUCUCCAGCCUGACCGGCGUGAUUGCGGCGCGACCCGCCGUGCAGGCCGCACGGAGGCAGCCCGAGGAGCGGCGGCGGAAGAGCUUCGCCGGGUCACUGCUGCCGUACUGGAGCGGCGAGGAGGCGGUGGCGGCCUCGGCGGGCCACCAGCGCCGGGAGGAGAGGGAGGCCGCGGCGGCGGUGACGGCGGCGGUGGGACGGCAGCAGGCGCCGCCGCCGGCGGGGCCAUCGGCGGUGGCGGCAGCGGCCUCCGUGUCCGGCGCACUGCAGAAGUCCACGAGGUCGCUGAGCCGGAGCGGCAGCAAGUCCGAGAAGCUGUCUGGGAGGGCAUCAGUGGCGGUGGGGAUGGGCAGCUUCGAGGACCGGGGGCCUUUCCGAGAACAGCAGCAGCAGAAAAAUCAGCAGCAUCAGCAAUAUCAGAGUCAGCAGCAGCAGCAGCAUAAUCAGCAUCAGCAUCAUGGUGGAGCUGGAUCGAGACCCACAUCCAGGUAUGGAGAUUCAGAGGGCAGCAAGUCUGACGACGAGAUCCUGGCCUGCAAGAGCAAGCGCAAGUGGAAGGACAAGAGGCAGUCGUCCGAGUCGUGCGCUCGCGAGGGCAUAGCCAGCAUGGACCAGGACGUGAUCCUCACCAUGUUAAGCGACAUCGAGAGCAUGCUGUAUUACCGCGUCUACGGGGACAGCGUGGAGACCGAGUGGGAAAGAAACGUCAAGGACAUCAACGAUCUGAAGCAGGACCUGGAGGAGACCAUGUCGAAUCUGCGCGACACACAGGUUUCCCACAGCUCGCUGAAGGCCGGCUUCGGCCCGACGGGACGGCCCCCGUGGGUGGACACCGCCUCCGAGCACCAGGGCAGCCCUCGCAUGCAGGCCGGUGAGGCCCCGUCCCUGGGCACCGGUCGCUUCCCCGCAUCCUCCACCUCCUCCUUAGCCACCGCCGGUAGCGGCGGUUCGGGCGGCGGUGCCGCCGGGCCUGGCCGACGGCCCCGGUCAGGCCUGACGGUGCCCGCGGACGGAGGAGGGCGCUGCUAUGGCCGCGGGCCGCCGAGGCCCGCGGGCCGCGCCGGCCACGAAGCACGGCCCGGCGCGUGUGAGCUGUUCUCGGAGGAGGAUGACGAGGUGAUGGACGAGGACGAGGAGGACGGGGAGGAGCUGGUGAUCGAGUGCGACGACCUGGAGGUGUCGGGAUACGCCAGCGACGGCGACCUGCUGGGGAAGAGCCUAUACAGGCGGCAGCGCACGAGCGGGUACCUGACGGACGGCGGAUCGGGAUUUUCCAGCCACAAGCUGAGCCUCUUUCAACCGGGCCCCCAAGCGCGAUCCAAGGUCCCACGGGUCAUGUCCCUCACCCCGGGAGAAGGAGACAGCUGGGAGGAUAGUAGCUCCGUGAGCAGUGGACUCAGCGACACCAUCGACAACAUCAGCACGGACGACCUCAACACCAGCUCGUCCGUGAGCUCCUACCCCACGACGCCCACCAACAGCCGCAAGAAUCUCAGCCUGCAGCUCAAGACGGAUGCGGAGAAGUGCUCUCUGGGGGAGGGCGGCUCGGGGUGGUACUGCAGCCUCCCACGGGAGGGCCGCAAGAAAGCGGACUCGCGUGCCGACACGCGCUCCGGCACGACGGGCCGAGCCGGCGGAGGAUACGGCGGUGGCGGCGGAGCGGGCGAAUGGGGGGCCGCCGGGCGGCGUUCCGUGGAGGCGGGCGGCGGGAGCUCGCAGGCCGGAGGAGGGGACGGCGAGCGGGAGAAGAGGGCCCGCAGGAGAGGCCUCCCCGUGGCCGGGCAGUACGGGAUGGGGAGCCGCGCGACGGCCGCGGCGGGCGGAAUGACGGCGGCGGGGGGGGCGGCCGUGACGACGGCGGCGGCCGCGGGUGGGGCGGUCACGCCGGCCGGGGCCGCCUCAUCGAGGAUGAACAGCCGCGUGACGCAGCUCAAGACCACGGGUAAAACGGACGAUGCCAAAGCGUCCGAGAAGCGGCUCAUGUCGCCCAAGCCCGUCCGCAUCCAGCGGGCCGUGUCCGACGCGGGCCGCAGCGUGCUGGGCGGCGACGACACGCGCAAGCCGCCCUCCGGCCUCGCGCGUCCCAGCGGCGUGACCGCCACUGGCAUCCGCAAGCCUGGCUCGGGCGCCAGCGGAGCGAUGGUGACGGCCAGCGGCGCCACGAUCCGGAGCGGCUCGGCGACCGUCGGCAAAAUCCCCACGGCCCGGUCCGGCGGGCUCGGCGGGACCCUGAGCCGCGGCGGCGGCGCGGCCGGGAGGAAGAUCAGCCUGGAGAGCACGCCGGUCACGGAGCAGAUGGGGCUGAUGAACGCGCGCGCUAGCCCGCAGUACCGCAGCCUGCCGCGGCCCGCCAAGUCGGCGUACGGCAAGAGCCGCUACACGGGGGAGAUGAGCGUCGGCGGCGGGGGCGGCGGCGGCGGCGGCAGGGCGGCCGGCGCCGCGGGCGGGACGACGCUGAAGGAGGCGGCCAAGUUCACGCUCGGCGGCUCGGUGACGUCGCUCACGAACCAGACGGACCGCGAGAAGGCGAUGCUCGCCGACACGGAGUGCGCCGCGUCCAGGGAGGCGAAGCUCGGCGGGCGCCCGGGGUUCCACCCAGGGUCGUACCAGCAGGAGCUGUCCUACUCCGGCGUCAGCUCGCCCGCGUCCCGCAUGUCGUUCGGCUACAAAUCCAAGGGAAAGGCAUCGGCAGCAGAGUCGGCGGCCAAAGCCUCGGUCGGGCAGCAGCAGCAGCAGCAGCCCAAAACCCCGGCUCUGUCGAUGCGCAGGCAGCUGAGCGGCGGCGCCGCCGUGGCCACCUCGAGCGAGGGCCGAGCUCCCGACAGCGGCGACGGCAGCCCCAUGCACGCGGCCGCCACCGAUACCGUCUCCUCCCUACGGGACGUUCCACCCCCUUCCUCCUCCUCGCCCGCCACCGCCGCCAUCGCGGCGCGAGACUUCGACUAUUCCCCCCUGCUCCUCCUGCCGCCGGCGUCCGACUUCGGCGCCCCCGAGUCUCCGCCGAUGAGCCCGGCGUCGGCCAAGUCUGCCGACUCGUGCUGCCACGUGCCCGCCGCGUCCACGAGCCCCUACCCAAAGGGCGGCGCCAGCUACACCUCGCUCGGCUGCAGCCGCAACACCAGCUGCGAGUCGCUGGGGCCCCCCCCGGCCGCCGCGGGGUUCGGAGCUGGCCACGCCGAGGGGCGCCCGGCGAGCCUCCGCGGCUCGCCGGUCCACUACGCGUCGCCCACGUCGUACGGCUCGCCCACCCACCCGGCGGCGCACGGCGCUCGGGACCCCAAGGCCACGCCGCUGCUCCACCCGGUUGCGGCCACCGAGAUGGGGAUCGACGGUGGUGGCGGUGGCGGCGGCGGCGGCGGCGGCGGCGGUGGCAGCCAAGGGUCUCCGUCGAAAGCGGUGGCUGGGAAGUCACUGCUCGAGAGGUAUGGCAUGGCGUACGGGAGGAGCUCGGAGGAGAUUGCGGAGCAGCAGAGGUGCCACUCCGUACUGGGACUGAGCGAGAGCCCCGACUCCCUGUCCCUCGCCCCGCUGCCCAGCCUGAGCUCACUCGCCUCGCGCUACCAGCUGCCAGUGAGCCCGAGCCUCGCCAGCCCGCCUCCGGCGAGUCCGCCACCGUCACCGCGCUUGCUGGGGCCCCAGGGCUCCUUCGAGCAGCUGGGCCGAGAGGGCCCGGCCAAGCGGCUGAGCGCCGCCUCCCUGGACGGACGACCCAAGGCUCUGAGCCGCUCCACCUCGUUCCGCGACUGCACCGAGCAACUUCACGGGUCUGUCCUCUCCCUGGCCUCCUGCACAUCGUCCAUCUACUCCGUGCCGGAUGAAAAAUCUCAGAGUGAGAUCGAGACGCUGCGCAGGGAACUCGACCAGUCGCAGGAUAAAGUGUCGACGCUCACCGGCCAGCUCUCCACCAACGCAAACCUGGUGGCAGCAUUUGAAAAAAGCCUGACCAGCAUGACGAGCCGCCUUCAGAACCUGACCGCGUCGGCCGAGCAGAAGGAUUCGGAGCUCGGCGAGCUGCGGAAGAUGAUCGACAACCUCACCAAGGAGAAUAUGGCGGCACAGGAGGCGAUGAGCGGCGUGCUGAGCACCACACAGCAGAGCAACACAGGAAGCCUGUCCCCGCAGGCCGGUGAGCCGCGUCUGCACCGGCAGAACUCGUGCGAGAGCAUCUCGAGCGUGAACAGCAUCACGAGCCACUCGAGCGCCGAGCUCGCCGACGCCAAGAAGAAGAAGAAAGGAUGGGGCAAAGCGGGCAAGGUAUAUGAAUUGAAGAUCUCGUUCCGUCAAGCGUUUUCCAAGAAGAAGGGGGGCAAAGGCCCUGGAGAGGGAGAGCCAGGGAAGAGUUCCGAGACCUCCACUCAGCCAGCCGCCACAUCCGAAGCGGAUACUACAACGCCCGGCCAGCCUGGGACCAAGCCCUCCGAAGGCCCUGCAGGGCAGCCACCGCCCGAAGUGGACACGAUCAUGCAGCUGCGCAGCGAGCUGCGGCACAAGGAGAUGAAGCUGACCGACAUACGUCUGGAGGCGCUCAACUCGGCGCACCAACUCAACACGCUGCAGGAUGCCAUGAACUCCAUGCAGUCGAUGAUCGAGUCGCUCAAGGUGGAGAAUGAUCAGCUGAAGUCCGACACGCCCGUGGUCGGAGCGGCGACCGCCCCUGAGGGCACCGCCGAGCCCACGUCGCCGCGCCCCCUCCGCUCCCGCCUGCAGCACAGCCGGAGCCUCCCGAGCACCUCCAACCUUGAAUCUCUGCUCAAGGACAGCGUGGACAAGGCGCAGUGCAAGCAGGUCCGGCUUGUCGUCAGCUCGGCCGAGAGCUGGAGGCAGAGCAAGACCUCCAAGGUGACUCAGUUUGCCCUGGGGCGUGUGGACAUUGGAGAAAGCACCACGUGGGAGGAGCUUGACGGAAUAAUCCGACAUGUAUUCAAGGAAUACAUCAUCCGCGUGGACCCCGUGUCCAGCCUGGGCCUGAGCUCGGAGAGCAUCGUGGGCUACAACGUGGGGGCCGUGCGGCGCACGAGGAACUCCCCCGAGCCCGUGCCGCUGCCCUGGGACAGCCUCCCCGAAGACGGCGAGCCCUGCAUCGCCAUCUCGCUCAAAGGCCUGGGGGAGAGUAGCCUGGACAGCCUGGCCUUCGAGGGCCUCACGCCAAAGCCGGUGCUGCAGCGCUGCUCGGGGCUGCUGCUGGACCACCGCCACCUGGUGCUGUGCGGCCCUCCCGGCAGCGGCAAGUCCUGCCUGGCGGCGCAGCUGGGCCAGUGGCUGGUGCGGCGCGCGGGGCUGCGGGUCACCGACGACACGGUCGCCACGUUCUCCGUCAACCAGUCCACGGCGGACGAGAUCCGCCAGUACCUAGUGGACCUGGCGGAGCUGUGCAGCGGCGGGCUGGAGAUCGGCGACGUACCACGCGUCAUUAUCCUCGACGGUUUGCAGGAGGCCGGCCAGCCCGGCGAUUUGCUCACUCCCGCCAUCAACUGCCAGCACCAUGUGUUUCCCUACUUGAUUGGAAUCUUCGAGCAAGUUACAUCCGCAACCCCCGACGUGAAGUUGCAUCCCAACGUCAGGUUUGUGCUCCAUGGCAGCCAAGUGGAGCCCGUCAAGGGCUUCCUGGGACGCUUCCUGCGGCGGCGCCUCGUCGAGGCCGAGGUGGAUACGGCCACACGCAACUCGAACCUCGUCAAGGUGAUCGAGUGGAUCCCCAAGCUGUGGCGCCACCUCAACCGCUUCCUGGAGAGCCACGGGCCCGGGGGUGUGUCUGUCGGCCCCCACCUCUUCCUGUCCUGCCCAAUGGACGUGUCCGAGUCGCGGGUGUGGUUCGUCGAUCUCUGGAACCGUUCGCUGCUUCCCUUCCUGUGCGAGGCCGUGAGGACUGGCCUGCAGAUGUACGGCAAGCGGGGCGCGUGGGAGGACCCCACGCAGUGGGUGCUCGACAUGUACCCGUGGGCGGCCGGCCCCGGGCGCCACGAGGCGCCGCUCCUCGCUCGGCUGCGUCCCGAGGACGCGGGCUACGACGUCCCGCAGUGCGACAACCACGCAAGCCUCCCCAAGCCCACGCCGCCCAGCGGGCCCACCGCAGACCCUCUUAUGAAUAUGCUGCUGAAGCUGAAAGAGGCCGCCGACAGCUCCCAGAGCUAGACGCGUGCGUGGGCGCGCGCAUGGGUACGUGCGUGCGUGUGUGCGACGGGGCGAUGCCAGCCGCGGAGCGGCUGACCCGAAGAUCCGCAAGGUGACCGCCCGGCCUCGUUGCCGAGCGGCCCGCUGACCGCGAUGCCGUCGCAACAAACAAAAAAAGUGCAAAAUCGGCGACCGCAAACGGCCAAAAUUGUUCGCUUCUGUUGCACAGCGAGAGGGGGGGUAAAAAUCUUGGCACCUCAGUUCUCUGUAAUUGUGUCGUUUUGAGAUACCUUUAAAAAAUAUAUAUCGAGGGCAAUUUUUUUUUCUUCUGACAGAAAAUGCACACGCACGUGUUCAUUUGGUUCGUGUCAACGGAACGAUCUCGUGCGGCCACACAGGAAGGAAGGUUUGGCCACGGUGCCUGAUGCAGUUUAAUUUCGCGGUGUUAAUGCCAGAUGCCCCACAAGCGCGAGUAACGCUCUGAAGUCUGUCACUUUGUGAAGAGGUGCUACAACAACGUGACUUGUCGGGUGGAAGGUAGUGAUCUGUGACUCUUGUUGUCAGCAAAUUUAAGAGUGAUUGAAAGGGUAGCAAAAAAAGUCGCUACUUAAAAAGCCCAAAACUGUUCCUCUUGAAAGUAAAACAAAUACAAAACAUUGUUGUUAUUGUACAUAAGACAAAGUUUGGUGAUGAUUUACUGCACUUUAGACUAAAAAGGUUUAAAAAUAGUAAUAAUAAAAGAAUUACCUUAUAUUAAUUUAUUACCAUAUUAGGAACACAAGAUAUAUAUACUGUGCGAGGAAGUAACAGAAAUUUGAUUUAAAGUUGUGCACCGGCGAUGAUGGUGUUUGUUCCAACUCGACAAAUUCACAAGAUUGGUGCUUAAACUAAUAAUAUGCCUUUGCUUGAGGUUACUAAGCUUGAGGUAACGAAGCACAUGCACACACCAGAAAGGGUCCCGGGCACUCUUCGUGUUUCACGUCUUAAGUUUGUUACGACGUCAGCGGACUAUUAAAUAACCACACGUAGUAAGAAGAGUGGGCAGUAGUCGAGUUAGUAUUGCUACCAGGCCAAACAAACACACCUUUCCAGUGCAUUUAUCAAUAUGAUUGUAUGACUCUUUAUUUAUUUACUAAAUGAUUUUUUUUAUAUUACGACAUUAUUUUUUUUAUAUUUUAUAAGGGGUGUGUUUCUGUCCGUUUGUGUGUGUGUGUGCGCGCGUGUACAUUGUGCAUUAUACAGUAUUGCUUAGUUUCAGGUAAAGCAGGUGCUUUUGAAUACAGAUUGUGCCACACCAAGCCAUAGUCAUUAUACAGGUGCUAUGAAAUGUGCGGUGUGGGUUUUUUUUAGAGAUUAUAUAAUACAAGUACUCUUUGUAACUCAUUCACCGGUCUAACAACAUUACGUGCAAAUAAAUUAACAAGUGGGCACUCAUGCACAAUUGCGCACAUGCACAAACAAGCACACACACACGAAACAAAGACUGCCUACUUGACCCCCAUGGAAUGCUGGACCAAGUACUGUUAGCGACCACUCAUUAAAACCAGCAUGGCACAGGUGACAAUGCUUGGGCCAGAAUCAUGCCUGACCAUCUUUAUCUUCCCAGAACUGAUGUUGACUGCACCAUGUUAGGUAUAGGGUUUUCGAGACCGAGGCAACAGAUGUCCAGAUAUCGAAACCAAGUUUCGAGGUUCAUUCAUAAUAUUGGAGCUUACUGAUUAUUAUGCCACCACGUUCCCAGCACAAAACAAACCCCUUGGUCAAUUAGACUAUUGGACCACGUGUUUUUAGUGAGUUGCUUUUUAGGCGAACACGGCAUGCACGGCAGUGGUGUAGCCAGUGUCAUGAUGGGCCGUCUUUGUCUCUCUAUUACUGAUGUUUACACGAUGCAACUGGUACUCAUUCAAGGCUGAAUUAGACCUAUGGGAAGCCCAUGACAUGUUCAAAUACCACUUUGCCACUGAUGUCAGGUCACGAGGUGUGUAGCGCAGUGCCACAAUAACUGUGCCAACGCUCCCCGCGACGCACACGUGUACAUAUACACACGCACAAGAGGCAUACCUGGUAACGCAAACGUAAACUGGCUUUAGCACUCCUAAUGUCUUUUACUUUCACCCGAUGUUCAAAUUCUUACCAUUGGACAUGCGGUUUGUUUGGCCUGUACACACGGUAGCCGAGUUCUUAAACAAUCUUUUUUUUAAUUAUUGAACAAAGGCAACGAGUAGCAUUUUUACUUCGCAUUCAAAUGGCACUGCAAAGAGGUUUUUGUACAAUUUUCUUAAUUUCCACUGAGUGUGUUUCACUCACUGUACCUGUGUCCGAAGGCUAAUUUAAAACCUUUCCAGUGCUAAAGAAAAAAAAACCGUAAACUUAAAAAAACUAUAAAAAUUAAAUAAAUCAAUAACUCUUGCAUUUUAGGCAAGACUUUAGUAUUUUGUACUGUGGUAUGUUUGUUAUGGGCCUGUUUUAUUGCUCAUGCUAGUAAUGUCCCAGUAGUUUAUGCUAUUUAUUGCUUCGUCACAAUGCAAUUCUCUAAAUUCACCUGGUAUUGCAUUCAAGAAACCCUUAACAACACGGAAUAGUCCUGCAACCUUGUCUUGACAGACAGGCGUGACACUGUCAUAUUAAUAAUGACGGUGAUGAUGUCGAACUUUUGAAUAGCGCCUUUCAUUUAACUCAGUCUAGGCAGCUGUAAAAAAAAAA